AUGUUAAUGCCAAUAUUCGUGUCUUUGUUUGUGUUUUUAUCAGUGGAUUGCCAAAAGGCAACAGAGCCAAAAUUUAUAAUUGACAAUGAUGCAGGCGGUGACGAUGCUAUGGCCAUAUUCCUUGCUCUGCUAUACGAAAAACAUUUCGAUGGACCAAAACUAGUAGCUCUGACGACCGGGAAUGGAAAUACAAAAGAAGACAACGUGUAUUACAAUAACCAGAGGAUCCUCAGAGUCGCAAACAGACAAGACGUACCAAUCUAUCGAGGAUCGAGAAAAUCACUGGUGAAAACGCCAACAGUGACCGAUUACUACGGCAAAGAUGGUCUUGGAGACACCGGUAUUACAUUUCCAGACUUGGUACCAGCAAAAGAUGAUAAUGCUGUUUUAGCCCUUAUUGAGCACUCCAGAAAGUAUAAAGGGGAACUGACAGUUAUAACAAUAGGAACUUUAACAAAUGUAGCGCUAGCCGUUAGAUUGGAUCCUGGUUUCUUAGGAAGACUGAAACAUUUGUAUAUUGGAGCAGGAAAUAUACAAAGUGAUGGACAUCCUGAUCCAGAGUUUAAUGCGCAUAUGGAUGUAGAAGCUUACCACGUAAUAGCCCAAAAUGCUACCGCAGACAAAGUUACACUUCUUCCAUUCUCACAAGUAAAGGAUCAUUUAAAUUUUACAAAGGACUGGAGAAAUAACGUUCUUGGAGGUUUAGAAACUGAGAUAAUGAGGCACCAAAACAAAUUCGAAAAAGUAGCUAUUGACAAUGAGGACAGUUGGCAGGCUCUGGACCCUGCAGUCGUUACUUUGUUUCUGAGACCAGACUUGGUACAAGAGUACAAGUAUUCCAAGAAUGACAUAAGUAUUUGCGGUGAUGGGAGAGGCAAAGUAACAAAUGAAUUUGUAAAUAAAGAAAACGCAAACGUACGUGUCGCAUACUCUAUCAAGACAGAAGAAUAUAAGCAACAUCUACUAGAAGUAUUCAAAUAUGACGCAAGCUGA